UUAUCAGUCUGUGGUGGCUGCUGUUGUGUGCGAUUCAUUUGGGGGUUUCUGCAGUUAAAGGGGCCUUUCCCAUUGCAAAAUGUCCACUUAGUUAGGUCUUUGACCUGAAGAGUUGUUGUUGGCGGUAGAUGGCACAUUGGCUGCUGGUGGAUAUCCACAGUGCAGAGCUUGUUGGAGUCUAGUGUGGCUUCUGCCUUCUGAAGGCACCAUUCUGCUCACUUGCAUCAUUGGGAGCUCUCUCUCUCUCUCUCUCUUGAUUCUCUUCUGUUUGAGCCCCAGUUCUGAGCACCAGCAAAUUGUUUCUUGAUUGGUUCAGACAAGGUGUGUGAAUAACAGAAAUGGAGGUAAUGGAGAAGAAAGGUCACGCACCCUUUUCCAAAGCAAUGAAGCCUUCGAAUGCCUCUGCAAGGCACAAGCGUUCUAAGAGUGAUUUCGAGGACAAAGAUGCUAAGGGCGCACUGCGUUCUUCACAGAAAGCAUCUAAUCAACCUAAGUUGCAAGGCAGAAACUCAAACAGUCACAUGAAAAGUGAAGCCGAUAAGGGAAUUCAGCCUAGGAGUGAGGCACAGAACUCCCUGAAGAAAGAGAUUCUGCAACUGGAGAUGCACCUCAAGGAUCAGCAGGUGGUGCGCGGCGCACUGGAGAAAGCACUGGGGCCUGACCCUGCUCCUGUCACUCUUCCAAAUGAGAGCUCAGUCCUAAAGCCGGCUAUUCAACUGAUAAGGGAGGUCGCCGCGUUGGAGCUGGAGAUCAAGCACUUGGAGCAGUACCUGCUAACACUCUACAGGAAAGCAUUUGAGCAGCAGCAGCAGCAAGCACCCACAUUGCCAUCUUCAGAUGCUCAGCGGGAGGCGCCGAAGCUGUCGGUGAGCUCACGGUCUGCGCAGCUCGAAGAAACGCCGAAGACGAAGGCCCCUCUCAGUCUCAGGAGUGGAGGUGAUCCAAUGCUGCACUGCAGCUGCCCUCCACUUAGUAAGGGGAGGAAUGGCGCAGCGGAUGAUUGCUCGCCGUCGACAUGCCCCAGGAGGACUAUGGAUUCUGACCAUGGCCUCCGAAGCCAGUCUGCGCUGUCGUUCCGCGGAGUUUGUUCAUCCAGGAUAUCACCCACAGAGGACAGUCUUGCGAGGGCUCUUCGGUCGUGCCACUCCCAACCUUUCUCAUUCUUGGAGGAAGGGGAGACUGCUACAUCAGGAGUGGUAAGCUUGGCUGACUACCUGGGGACUAAUGUAGCUGACCACAUCCCUGAAACUCCCAACAACCUUUCUGAGGAGAUGGUCAGGUGCAUGGCAGGGGUGUACUGCAAGCUUGCUGAUCCUCCUCUAGUUCACCACGGCGCAUCAUCGUCGCCGACCUCGUCGCUCUCCUCAACAAGUGUGGUCUCCCCACAGUACCUUGGGGACAUGUGGAGCCCCAAUUGCAGGAGGGAAGCAACUCUCGACGCCCGGUUGAUCAACCCGUUCCAUGUCGAGGGCCUCAAGGAAUUCAGUGGACCGUACAGUACCAUGGUUGAGGUUCCGUUGAUUUCCCGUGACCGUCGGAGGCAAAGAGAAGCUGAAGAUUUGCUCCAAACUUACAAGUUGAUCCUUUAUCGGUUGGAGACUGCCGAUCUGAGAAGGAUGACGAACGAAGAGAAGCUCGCUUUCUGGAUCAACAUACACAAUGCAUUGUUGAUGCAUGCCUACCUCAAGUAUGGCGUCCCACAGAACCAUCUGAAGAAGACAUCACUACUGGUCAAGGCUGAAUGCAAGAUUGCCGGGCGCACCAUCAACGCAGCAGUAAUCCAGGGGCUGGUUCUCGGAUGCAGCACUCACUGUUCCGGACAUUGGCUGAGGACUUUGCUGCAGCCAAGGAUCAAAAGCAGAGCGAGCAAAGCCGGAAGCGAGUGGCAAGCCUUUGCCGUUCAUCAAUCUGAGCCUCUUUUGCGCUUUGCGCUUUGUUCAGGGAGCCACUCCGAUCCCGCGGUUCGGGUGUACACGCCGAAGCGGCUGUCGCAGCAGCUGGAGGCGGCGAGGGAGGAGUACAUCCGGGCGACGGUGGGCGUGUGGAAGGAGCACCGGGUGCUGCUGCCCAAGCUCGUGGAGGCGUACGCCAGGGACGCCAAGCUCUCGCCGGAGCGGCUCGUCGACGCGGUGCAGCGGUGCCUGCCGGAGAGCCUGCGGACGGCGGUGCAGCGGUGCCGGCGAGGGGGCAGGUCGUCGGGCAAGGUCGUCGAGUGGGUGCCGCACCGGCAGAGCUUCCGGUACCUGCUCGCCAGGGACCUCGCGUUCCCGCACCUCAGCUGAAAUGAACACAACAGCCUCCAUUACGGCUGCUAAUUCAACUGCAUUUAGUGAAAUUGAUUCGGUGAUUAGCUGUAGUUGAUAGAUUUGGUUCUAGGAUGAUUACAUCCAUCUCGGCAGGAUUGUUACAUCGUGUGUGUAACAAGGCGUGCAGUAUGUAAUCUGUGCUCUGUAAAGAGAUUUUGUACAUAGCAACACAAAUGAAAAAGAUGACAAA